AUGUCCUCCAGCUACGAAAUUGAUCAGAUCUUACAACAUCUAGCAACAGAGCUGAAAAGAUACUCGCAUUUUGAUAUAAUCUGCGGUCUUUUGUCUUUGAGCAAAGAAUUACCCCAGGAGUCACAGCAGAAAGUGGUUCAAUACAGCCUGAAGACACUUGAGGUUAUAGAUCAAUCGGAAACUACCGUGUUGUUUCAGGAGCUUAUGAAGUUAGAAAAUUUCGACUACAUCCAACAAGCUAUUGAUACAUUGGAUAAAUUGGAUGUUUCAGGAGACUUCCCCAGAGACGCAACCUCCCAGCUUCAAAUACGCUUGCUCGAGUUUUCUAUCGAACAUCAGAAGUUUCAUCUUGCUGCUCAAAUGCUCGCUUACCUGCUCGAAAGUCAGCUUGUUCCAUCGCCAACUGUACUUGAAAAAUAUUCAAAACUUGUCAAAGACACCGCACUUUCCAUCAAUGCCGACUUCAACAGCCGCAGAAUUGUCUUCAUGGCCUAUGCUGCCCCGCUCGCACUUGCAUUACAACAUCAAACCGACACCAUUAGCAGAAACUUAGUCCAAAACAUUACUUCAUGGUUGAGCAUCCAGGAACUUUUUUGGUUCCUGGAGUUUCUGAAACACACAGAUGCCGAAGUCAACGGGAUAAAUUCCGCUGUCAUCAGGCAGUACGGACGACUGGCAAAGAAGCCGUCAGCCAUAGACAAUGCUGUGACGUUAACGUCGUUGAUUGGCCACUUGAGAAAACACAAGUUUGAGCCCUUUGAUGAUAACUGCAGAAAGUUGAUCAUUUCGCUAUAUUGCAAAUUCAAGUCUCCACUUGCAGCUCAAUGGUGGAUUGAUUCGCUUAGAAAGCCGCUGUCUGCCGAUGAGAUUAGUCGAAUCAUAGAAGAUUUGAAAAACUCUCCUUUCACAGUUGACGAAAAGGAAUUUUCGUACCACGGUCAAAAACACAUAGAUGCAUUCAUAGAGAAACUCUCAACUUAG